UUGUUUCAUGUUUGUUUACAUCAGUUUUUAUUCAAUAAUAAACACAAAUGAUAUCAGAUUUUGCCAAAGAGAAGGUCUUCUGGACCAGAAAGAUGAAUCUCAAAUUAGUAAAAUACAUACAGAGUAAACCCAACAUCUGGAAUCCGAAGCAUCCCAAAUAUACUUCCGUGGAGUAUAGGGACAAAACUUACGCAGAAUUUGCAGAGAAAUACGGCAAUGAGUUCACAGGGCAGGCUGUGAAAGACCGGUGGACGAAUAUUCGGUCUACUUUUGCUAAUUAUGUGCGGAAAAUUACCGCCAGUCGGGUGAAAGGCGACGGUGAGGAGUAUAAAGUCAACUGGCCUCUAUGGGAGCCCUGUCAGUUCUUAAUGAAAGUUAACAGGAGAGCCAAAGCUGAUACAUCUACUAGUAUUGCCGAGGAAAUUGAGGAUGUUGUUGAUGAGACAAAGGACAACAGUCAACUAUCCACCAAAGAAGAUGAAUGGAGUAGUGAUGACAAUGACGCAGUCUCAGAUACUUCUGCUACAAACACUAACUGCACAGCUAUAGCUAAUAACUUAAUUACUGUAUUCAAAGGAGUCCAAAAUGACGCCUUCGGUCUAGACAAUUCUAGAAAUGCAAAAAUAGGCAGAGCAGUGAAUAGAAAACUGUCACAAAUGAAUUCUUAUGAUGCAGCUACGAUGUCACAUAAAAUUAUGGAAAUAUUGUUGCUCUAUGAUGCGAAUAAUCCAUUGAACCCAAAUACAUUAAAGUCUGAUUAUAUGUAAUUAAA